GAUGUUUGGCUCUGACUAUGCCUCCUUUGCCUUCAGCUUGGACCUGGAAAAUGGGCUUUCGUGUGGAAGAAGCGCCCUGGACCCUCAGGCUGGGUCUGGUCUUGGCCGGGUCGUCCAAGCCCCUGCUCAGCACAGCCAGAGGCGGGAGUCCUUCCUGUACCGCUCAGACAGUGACUAUGAACUCUCGUCCAAGACCAUGUCCCGGAACUCCUCGGUGGCUAGCGACCAACACGGAGAAGACCUGAUUGUGACACCUUUUGCUCAGGUCCUGGCCAGUCUGCGGACGGUCCGGAGCAACGUUGCGGCCCUUGCGCACCCGCAAGGCCGCGGGGCAGCCAAGCAGGCAUGCGUCGGGAACGCCCCAUCUGGCAGUCAGCCCCCUCCGCCAACAGAGGACACUGGGCAGAAGCUGGCUUUGGAGACACUGGACGAGCUGGAUUGGUGUUUGGAUCAACUGGAGACACUGCAGACGCGGCACUCGGUGGGGGAGAUGGCCUCCAACAAGUUCAAGCGGAUGCUGAACCGGGAGUUGAUUCACCUGUCUGAAACCAGCCGCUCUGGGAACCAAGUGUCUGAGUACAUAUCCCAAACCUUCCUGGACCAGCAGACUGAGGUGGAGUUGCCCAGGGUGACCCCUACAGAGGCCCCGAGGCCCAUGUCCCAGAUCAGCGGCCUGCGUGGACUCCCCCAGAGUACCAGCCUUUCUGCAGCCACUGUCCCACGCUUUGGGGUCCAGACUGAUCAGGAGGGACAACUGGCCAAGGAGCUGGAAGACACCAACAAGUGGGGGCUUGAUGUGUUCAAGGUGGCGGAGCUAAGUGGGAACCGGCCCCUUACAGCUAUCAUAUUCAGCAUCUUUCAGGAACGGGACCUGCUCAAGACAUUUCAGAUCCCAGCAGACACGCUUGCCACCUACCUACUGACAUUGGAGGGUCACUACCACAACGAUGUGGCCUAUCACAACAGCCUACAUGCCGCUGACGUGGCCCAGUCCACACACAUGCUGCUGGCCACGCCCGCACUCGAGGCCGUGUUCACAGACCUGGAAGUCCUGGCUGCCAUCUUUGCGAGCGCCAUCCAUGAUGUGGAUCAUCCUGGGGUCUCCAAUCAGUUUCUCAUUAACACCAACUCAGAACUUGCACUUAUGUACAAUGAUGCCUCUGUGCUGGAGAACCACCACCUGGCUGUGGGCUUCAAGCUGCUGCAGGCAGAGAACUGUGACAUCUUCCAGAACCUCAACACCAAGCAGCGGCUGAGUCUGCGCAGGAUGGUCAUUGACAUGGUGCUCGCCACAGACAUGUCGAAACACAUGCACCUCCUGGCUGACCUCAAGACCAUGGUGGAGACCAAGAAGGUGACUAGCCUUGGAGUCUUGCUGCUAGACAACUACUCUGACCGCAUCCAGGUCUUGCAGAGUCUCGUGCACUGUGCUGACCUCAGCAACCCCACCAAGCCGCUGCUGCUCUACCGCCAGUGGACAGACCGCAUCAUGGCCGAGUUCUUCCAGCAGGGUGACCGUGAGCGUGAAUCAGGCCUGGACAUCAGCCCCAUGUGUGACAAGCACACAGCCUCGGUGGAGAAGUCCCAGGUGGGUUUCAUUGACUACAUUGCCCACCCACUGUGGGAGACAUGGGCUGACCUGGUACACCCAGAUGCACAGGACUUGCUGGAUACUCUGGAGGACAACCGCGAGUGGUACCAGAGCAAGAUCCCCCGCAGCCCUGUGGACCCCGCUAGCCCCAAGCAGGGUGGCCCUGACAGAUUCCAGUUUCAGCUGACUCUGGAGGAGACAGAAGAAGAGGAGGAAGAAGGGGCGAGAGCAUUGGAUGGAGAGGCCUUGGAGUCACCUGACACUGAGCUCCUGCCACCUGAGGCCAGCCCAGACCCUGGGGCCCUACACCUGGACGACAAGAGGACCGUGGGCAAGCCCUGCGUGGACCAUGAGGGCAAUGUGAUGGCUGAGCCUUUGGGCACCUAA